UUGAAUUGCGCAACCGCGAGUGCGUCCGGCCCGUGGAUGACGCUUCUUUGAGGGCGGGCUGGACUAUUCCAGCCGUAAAUGGCGGAGCGCUAGUGCCCGCCCCCAGCGUGGACCGAUCAGAAAGGAGGAAAGGCUGGGAACGGAGUCCCUGUUGGUUGGCCCCCGGGCCAAUCGGAAGAGCGCUGAUUUGGCGGGAGUCUUGACCGUCGCCGGGCUCGCGGGGUUUCUGCGCGAGCUAGGGUGGUGUCUAGCCGCGGUAGCCAUGUUCGUGUCAGAUUUCCGCAAGGAGUUCUACGAGGUGCUCCAGAGCCAGAGGGUCCUUCUUUUCGUGGCCUCGGACGUGGACGCUCUGUGCGCUUGCAAGAUCCUUCAGGCCCUGUUCCAGUGUGACCACGUGCAGUAUACGCUGGUUCCAGUUUCUGGGUGGCAAGAACUUGAAACUGCAUUUCUUGAGCAUAAAGAACAGUUCCACUAUUUUAUCCUCAUAAACUGUGGUGCUAACGUGGACCUGUUGGAUAUCCUUCAACCCGAUGAAGACACCAUAUUUUUCGUGUGUGACACUCACAGGCCAGUCAAUGUCGUGAACGUGUACAAUGAUGCCCAGAUCAAACUGCUCAUUAAACAAGAUGAUGACCUUGAAGUUCCCGCCUAUGACGACAUUUUUAGGGAUGAAGAGGAGGAUAAAGAACAUUUGGGAAACGAAAGUGACGAGGGGUCAGAGCCUUCCGAGAAGCGCGCACGGGUGGAGGAGGAGAUCGCGGAGCAAACCUUGAAGAGGAGGAAGCGAAGAGAAUGGGAGGCUCGGAGAAGAGACAUACUCUUUGACUACGAGCAGUACGAAUAUCAUGGGACAUCGUCGGCCAUGGUGAUGUUUGACCUGGCGUGGAUGAUGUCCAAGGACCUGAGCGACAUGCUGUGGUGGGCCAUUGUUGGACUAACAGACCAGUGGGUGCAAGACAAGAUCACCCAGAUGAAGUACGUGACCGACGUGGGCAUCCUGCAGCGGCACGUGUCCCGGCACAACCACCGGCAUGAGGACGAGGAACAUGCGCUCUCCGUCGACUGCAUGCGCAUCUCCUUCGAGUACGACCUCCGCCUGGCGCUCUAUCAGCACUGGUCCCUCCACGACAGCCUGUGUAACACGUGCUACACCGCGGCCAGAUUCAAGCUCUGGUCUCUUCACGGGCAGAAGCGGCUGCAGGAGUUCCUCGCGGAUGUGGGUCUCCCCCUGAAACAGGUGAAGCAGAAGUUUCAGUCCAUGGACGUCUCCUUGAAGGAGAAUUUGCGGGAGAUGAUUGAAGAGUCUGCCAAUAAAUUUGGCAUGAAGGACAUGCGCAUCCAGACUUUCAGCAUCCAUUUUGGCUUCAAGCAUAAGUUCCUGGCCAGUGAUGUGGUCUUUGCCACCAUGUCGCUAAUGGAGAGCCCCGAGAAAGACGGCUCUGGGACGGAUAACUUCAUCCAGGCUCUGGACAGUCUCUCCAGGGGGAACCUGGACAAGCUGUAUCGCGGCCUGGAGCUCGCCAAGCAGCAGCUGCGCGCCACACAGCAGACCAUCGCCAGCUGCCUCUGCACCAACCUCAUCAUUUCCCAGGGGCCCUUCCUCUACUGCUCCCUCAUGGAGGGCACGCCAGACGUUAUGCUGUUCUCCAGGCCAGCUGCCCUGAGCCUGCUCAGCAAGCACCUGCUGAAGUCCUUCGUGUGCUCGACGAAGAACCGGCGCUGCAAGCUACUGCCCUUGGUGAUGGCCGCCCCCCUGAGCGCGGAGCAGGGCACUGUAACCAUGGUGGGCAUCCCCCCAGAGACCGACAGCUCCGACAGAAAGAACUUUUUUGGCCGGGCGUUUGAGAAGGCGGCGGAGGGCACCAACUCCCGGACACUGCAUAACCAUUUCGAUCUCUCAGUGAUUGAGCUGAAAGCCGAGGACCGCAGCAAGUUCCUGGACGCACUCGUGUCCCUCCUGUCCUAGGCCUGCUUGGUGAUGAUCCCAGGGCCAUGUGCGAGCUGCCACCAAGACGGCACCAGAGUUUGAUUUCCUCAGAAGUGACCUCCUUCUCCUUAUUUAUGUUAACUGGCUUUUAUUUAGAUUGUAAGUUAUGGACAUAGUUUUAGAUGCAGGGAGAGUGUUUUUAAUGGAAUAAAAUGAUUAUUUUA